AUGGAGCUUAGACGCGCAGGCAGUAUAUUCCUCUUGGUUGCGUUUACAAUUGCGCACUCCCUCGAACGUCCCCGGACAGAUGGAGCUCUCCCUCGAGAUUUUGCUGGUCGAAGCAGCGACUCAUAUAUUGCUACGCUGGGUGGCAGCGGGGAAGGAUGGCCUUCGGUGAGCCAAUGGAUUCCGUUUACGGAGAUGUUCCAGAAUAAUAAGGCCAUCAUCAAGGCUGGCUGUGUGCAAUUUGGCGCCAAUAAAGUCUCGGAUGAGGAAAUGUCUGAUCUUUCAUCAAGUAUUCAGUCCGUAGCUACGUUUAGCGGCGUGGACGCGCGUUUCAUUCUUGCGAUUGUAUUACAGGAAAGUAACGGCUGUGUUCGAGUAGGAACCACCAACAAUGGCGUGAGCAACCCAGGUCUCAUGCAGAGCCAUGGCGGCAUUGGCUCUUGCGGUAACAACAAAAAGUCCCCUUGCCCCAAAAGCAUAAUUCUACAGAUGAUUAAAGACGGCACGGAAGGCACAUCCUCAGGAGAUGGCCUUAAACAAUGCUUGGUCAAGAAUGGUGGAAGUGGAGCGACCGCCUACUAUCGGGCCGCUCGCUGCUACAAUUCGGGUUCGGUCGCCACAUCUGGAAACUUGGGACAGGGUGGUUCGACGCACUGUUAUGCCUCGGAUGUAGCGAACCGCCUUCUGGGAUGGUCAUCAGGACCGAGUACAUGCAAUGAGGCCACGGUUGGCAGCCUCAGUGAUACCCAGUCAGCUGGUAGCUCAUCUAUCGACGUAACAUCUUUGUUCAAACCUACUUCUGUCCCCGCCAAGAAAUUUACUCACUCUACUUUGUCUUCCUUAGUUACCACUCAGUACUUCUCUAAUAUUGCCCAAUGGGAGCCAUCCACAGCGUCAACGGGCAAGCACUCCUCUACAUCGUGCUCGUGGCCCAGUUCCACCACUACAGCCGCGGUCUACCCAUAUACCAUCGCGACCUGCCUUCAGUAUGCUACUGUUGGCUCCGACGACUACUGUCAGAAGAUUGAGACAGCGUAUGGCAUCUCAGCAGUUCAGCUCAGAGACUGGAAUCCGGGCUUGGACGAGGCUUGCACGAAUCUUUGGUGUGGAUAUAGAUACUGCGUAAAAGCUUAG